AUAAAGUAUAGAGUCCCAGUCCUGCCUUCCGCAGUCAUUGACACAUAAUUUCUCGUUGCAUACCAAGCAAAAUACAAGCUUAUCAGGAUGCCUGUCUUUUCACGUCUUGUUCGAUUCCUAGCAAAGGAUGGCCAUAUAUACUAUGGGGAUGCCAUUCUUCCCGCAGGUAUCAGUGAUAUUUCCAAAGCCAGCCGGGCACAUGUGAUUCAAGGCGACAUCUUCGGCCGGCACGACGUAACUAGCCAGGUUGCCGAAGUGAAGAUGCUGCUUGCACCAUUGGCGAGGAGAGAUAUCCGAACCGUGCGGUGCCUGGGUUUGAAUUACGAACAGCACGCGAAGGAAUCUAAUCUCCCCAUCCCGAAAUUUCCAGUGCUUUUUUACAAGCCAGUCACAUCCAUCACGGGGCCCCUUGAUGAAAUUCCCGUGGCACCGAUUGCACAAGAAGGCGAGGGUCUAGACUAUGAAUGUGAGCUGGUUGUUGUCAUCGGAAAAGAGGCAAGAGACGUCCCCGAAAGCCAAGCAUUAGAUUAUGUUCUCGGAUACGCAGUGGGCAACGACGUAUCACAUCGUGACUGGCAAUUAAAACGUGGUGGUGGACAAUGGGGACUGGGCAAAGGCUUCGAUGGUUGGGCGCCUUUUGGGCCCGGGAUCGUUUCGUCGAACCUCAUCCAUAACCCAAACUCAUUGAAUAUCUCUACGAAAUUGAACGGGAAGAUUGUUCAGUCGUCUUCGACCAGGGACAUGAUCUUUGGCGUUGCCAAAACCAUCUCCUUCUUAUCCCAGGGUACCACCCUACUUCCUGGUGAUUUAAUAUUUACCGGAACACCGCAAGGUGUUGGAAUGGGCCGCCAGCCUGCUCUGUGGCUAAGGGAAGGUGAUCAGGUUGAAGUAUCCUUGGAGGGUGUCGGGUCCUGCGUUAAUAAGGUCACUUUCGAGAAGCCCUCUUCCAAGCUUUGAGGAUUGUAUGGCCAAUAGCACAAAUGGUCAGUCAGGUCUAUUAGAAUCCUCACAAUACAACCAUCAUCAGACCAGCAAUAUUAUCAAUAGCGUUAGAUAACGGCUCAAUGGUGUCAUCAUUAUAUUUCAAAAUGAU